CCGAUGAUCGUGGGGAGGUGCUGAGCGGUCAGGUUAGCAGCGGGCUAGUGUGAUGGGACGAUGCAGCUCGGCUAGGCUGCGCGCGCUCUCCUCGGCUGCUGUUCCGAAGCCCAGCGUGUCGUUUCUGCCCCAUCAUUCGGCCUGCCUUCCAAGGUUGCCGCCCCCUAACGCCUCUUUCUGGAGCGUCGGAUCUCGCCAUGACUUCUUACAUGUUCGAUCGGCCUCAUCGUCGUCUUCGGCUGCCUCAGUCGCUGCUGAAAGCAACAAAGGCAACAGCGAUGCAUCGCGAGAGCAGUCCAGUCCGUCGACGAGCACAUACAGCUUUGCGGCGGCCGCGGCUCCCUCUUCGUCCACUUCGGUACAACGUCAGCCGGGGACCGACUACCUCACCUCGCUCUGCGACCAGGCCAUUCAUUUCUCCCGCGACGUCUCCUUCUCUGACAAUCUAGUCAUCAUUCGCCAGAGGCUCGCCGACGCCAUCGUGGUCCUGCGCCAGCUCCUCGAUACGCACCAAAAGUACGGAGGAAAGGGCAAGGACCUCUCAUACGAGAUCAGCAUCGUCCGAGCAGCCUACUUGCAGGUCGUCAGAACUCUGAGGGCGCUCAAUGGAAAGGAAACGGCGCUUAUGCAGGCUCAGAUCCUGGGCGACCACUAUGCGUGGGAGGUCGGCCUCAUCAAGGCGGGCAUCUCCGAGCUCGUCGACGAGAGCAUCGCCAGCUUCACCAUCAGGACACACAAGGACAUCGCCUAUACGCCCGCCACGGACAUUGUACGAACAAGCUCGGUGCUGUGCGAGAUCACAGACGAUCUCACCUUCCCUUCGGAGGACAGGCUGAGGAGUCGCAGAGGCUUUCCCAGCGUCGAGGCGCGACAAGCCAUGGUCCACCUCUGGAGUUCUGUCAAGCGCAUACCUCUGUGGGCGUGGGAUCUCCCUGUCCUGGUCGAAGGUGAUUACGAGGACGGAGGCGAUGCGGUGUUCCACACCAUGAAGCAGCACGUGAAAGCCCUGCUCGAGGGCAAGCGAUUUGCAGAAGCGGUUCUGGUCUGGGAGGAUUCGGCCCGUUUAUUUGGGCCCUCGUCCAGGCGAUGCUACGCCUUGUCGAAUCUGCUGGGGAAUCACUUGAGAGCAUAUCGGAAGAUGACGCACUCGCUGCACGUCAAUGGUCGAUCAACAAUGAGUGACGGCACGAGCUGGCUCAGCUGCUUUUACGACUACGCCAGAGGACUCCGAAGGUUGGCUCUACUGCUUGAAGCUGGAGGUAUGCAAGUCAGCGAAGAGGUCGGCGGUGGGAGAAGCAUGAAGCCGCUACUCAAGCCGCGCAACACCAUCGUCAGAUCGAUCGCACUGCUCGAGCUUUCGCGCGGGCGUUUGGGACUUGAGAAGGAGAGCAGGGGCAAUGUCCAAGGAGCACAGCGAACAGAAGUCGUCAAUGCAGGGAUAGAGGCAAAGGGUGCCAGCGAAUCGUUGAGGCGCUGGAUCACUACUUGGCUCGGUGAUCCUUCGCUGGCUCCCCACUUAUCCGUCAAGACGUACAACACCUUGGUGGCAAUGCUUCUCCAUCGUGAUGCCCACCCAAAACCUUCUCCAAAACUCGCGAUGAGCAUCCUCAAGCGCAUGAGCCGAGAAGGACCCAAGCCCGACGCGACGACGAUAAAUGUGCUGCUGCAUCAUGCCAACGAGCUACGCGACAAGCCCCUGCUGACCGCUGUCAUUCGAUUGGCGAUCGAAGAGACGAAUGCAUUGCAGAGGAAGCAACAGCAGGAAAUUCAGGCGCAGAAACGAGAGCAUCCGGAAUUAGCAGCGAUCCAUGAGAUCAAGGACAGUGCACCCAGCCUAAACUCGUGGAUCUGGUUGCUUGAGGGCGGACUCUUGUCCAACGACCCGUAUCGCCUCACUGCGCUCCUCAAGAUCAUCACCACUCAUGGUCUUUAUCAAAAGCUUUACCUCGGACGCAGCGCAACGUUGGUCCUCAAGACUGGUGUCAGCCCAGCUCGGAUCAUCUUUGCUCUUUAUCCGUCUCUGGAUCUUCGAAGGAGAGCUGCCUUUCUUCGAAGAAGGCUGCGGUCGAUCGCCAACCGAAAUGAGCCGCCGGCAGCAUUCGAGCCGCGUACAUUGACGAUGGCGCUUCACCUUCUUGCCUUGUCGAGAAAGACGGGGCUGGCAGAGCGCGUCUGGAAGCUGAUGAAGCGCGCAAGCAAGCGGAGCAAGGGUCCAAAGGACAUGUACGAAGGCUGGCGCAUCCCGAUUGAGGCCUACACUAGCAUGAUGAAGCUUUGGGCAGUAGAGGCCAGCUACUCUCGAAUGCAGCGCUCCUCUCUAAACACAUCCACUGAAAAGCCAGACGAGAACGGGGUCGCGAUUACGACCACCAAGACUAACUCGACACUGCAAACCAGCAACGCUGUGCUUACCGAAUCUCGAAAGGCCACAGUUGCUGCAAAGGCGCAGCGGCGGGCGGUGGUCUCGCUGCGUGGUCACUGGCUUCGCGCCCCCAGAGGGCGUACGAUCCCCAUCUCUGCCCUUUACGUUCGAGGUUGGUUCGACGAGACCUCGACCGGCCGCAGCCGCGCUUCACAGCGAGCCAGUCCCAUGCUACGAGCCCAUGCCGCCGUCGUUCGGGCACGCGAAGCCUAUCUGGCGCUUCGUGCGCGGUGGUACGAAUCGGCUGCGGUUGCCGAACCAUCGUGGGAGGAAGAGGUAGAAGACGAGGCUACGCUCUUGAAGCGCGCUGGUUUCGGAGAGGAGCAGGCAGAGAGGCCGGACGCUAUCUUUAUGCGCGCUGUCAUCAAUCUGCUCUCGAGAGCCGAUGCAAAAGAGACGCAGGACCUGUGUCGGCUCGUGCGCGAGGACGUGCACAAUUUCGGCCUGGAAAAGCAGGUGAAGCUCGCUCGGCUACCUGUCCUGCCUCUGGACGAUGGAGGGAAAGAGGGAGAGACAUAAAGUCGGGAUGGCGCUACAUGGAAACCCAUCAUGAUCCUGUUACUGUGUUCAGAGGAUCAACAUGUGCAGUAGCGAUAGUGACAGCGUAGAAGCUUGCAGCAAUUGUACUUGUCUCAUUC